AUGAAGAAAGAAGAUUGUCAAUCUGGUCCUAGUAAAGGACUCACAUCAAGAUCGGCACGGUUACUUACGGACAGUAUAUCGUCUGACGAAGGACCAGAGACGGAAUGUCUACUGAGUUCGCAACUGCAGGCAGUAGUGGUAGACCCCAUAAGGGCUAGAAGGCAGUCGCUGACUGCUCCACCUUCUCCGACUGAAUCUCGGAAGAAAAGAGAUUCUCACCGCCAGCAUAAUUAUAAAAAUCAUUUACAUCACCUGAUCCAUUGGAGAGAUAUCUGGAGUGGCGAACCUAACAAAGGUCAUGAGGUAUAA